AUGAGUGGAAGAGAUGUUAUUGGAAUUGCAAAAACUGGAAGUGGAAAAACUUUGGCUUUUCUUAUUCCAAUGUUUAGACCACCAUUAGAGACUAUGGAUGGACCUAUCGCUUUAUUCAUGUCCCCAACAAGAGAACUUGCUUUACAAACAUGGAAAGAAGCAAAUAAAUAUAGCUGGAAGGAUGAUUGA